GUUUUGUGAAACACGUUUUAUCUUUACCCAAACCAUUUAUUGCCCUCAUUGCAAUUAUACCCCAGCAGCGGACAAUAAUCCUUUUUAGCCGUGCGGAGAUUACAUCACACAAAAGAGCUUAUCGAUGCGUAUUUUAGUGUCUUUGUAUGAUAAUACAUUCCUAUAAAAUGGGGAUACCUAGCCGGAAUGAUUCACUUUGUUCUACUAAACAAACAGAAACAAAUAUGAAAUUCCUGAUCACCGUAGCCGCUGUGUUCGCCGUAGCUGCCGCCGUGCCGGCCAAACGUGGACACUACGAGAGCCCAGAUGUCGGUCCUGCCCUAGUCGAAGCUCCCAUCGUCCCAUCCCCAGUCCACGUCGGACCCCUCGUUCCUGGACAACUUACCCCUCUCGUCCACAUUCUUAUUAACAUCAACGAUGCUGCCAGCGCUACCCCCGUUGAAAGCGUCGAACCUGAACAAUCAAAUGUUGAAGAAAAGCCUGCUGUUUCUCCCGUGAUCAUUGCUGAUCCUGCCAUCAUAGUACCUAGCCCGGUAAUUGUUGCCGAGGGACCUAGUGUAGCCCCUGUGAUCGUGGCUGACCCCGCCAUUGUGGCCCCUAGCCCAGUGCACGUUGGUGACGUGUCCCUGGUGUCCCCCGUGGUCGUGGCUGACCCUGCCAUUGUGGCCCCUAGCCCAGUGCUCGUCGGUGACGUGUCCAUCGUGUCCCCCGUGGUCGUGGCUGACCCCGCCAUUGUGGCCCCUAGCCCAGUGCUCGUCGGUGACGUGUCCAUCGUGUCCCCCGUGGUCGUGGCUGACCCCGCCGUUGUUGCCCCUAAGCCUGUCAUCAUCAGUCCCGUCGAGCCAGUCGGAGUGGAACCAGUUAUCGUUGCUAAUCAUUUCUAAAAUAUAAAAAAAUAACCAAAUGACAUCUUCUACAUGUGGAUUUUACAUGGAAAUAUAAUUUACAAGAUUUACAAGUGUCAUUAAUAAUUGUUAUUAAUCAUUAAAUGUGUUAAAUAAAUAUCAAUAUAUUUA